AAGAAUGGAAGGUAGGUCCCAGUGAGAGUAAUCAAGGGAGCACCGCGUUGUCCGUGAAGAGAGUAAUUCAUUUCAGAGGUUCAGACAAGAGCGGUGUCCAGAUUCAUUCAUUCAUUCAUUCACUCACUGUUGUCCUCCAAACAUCAACGGAGCACAGGAAAACCUUGUAACUCACAAAAAUGGAAACCAAUGAUUUCGCCAUUUACACGGCGUAACACACACCACAACCACCACCACUGUUUCUCUCUCUAUUUUGCACCCGAAAACCACAAUAAGAUAGCUUCAUUCCACACCAUACCAUAGCUUUCAGAUUGAGACACAAAACGCCCAUCUUUCUUCCUGUAAUCCAUGAAAUGCGAUUAAUAUCUUAAGAUUGAUCCAUAGAGGAGACACGGGGAAUUGUUACAAUGUCAACUCUGAGCAAUGCAACAAAUAUAUUUUGGCAAGAAUGUCAAAUAGGAAAUCCUGAAAGGCAGAAGCUACUUAACCAAAAGGGAUGCGUUGUAUGGAUUACUGGACUUAGCGGAUCAGGAAAAAGCACAUUAGCAUGCUCACUAAGCAGAGAACUGCACUCAAGGGGAAAGUUAUCUUAUGUCCUUGAUGGAGAUAACCUCCGACAUGGACUGAACAAGGAUCUUGGUUUUAAACCUGAGGACCGCACUGAAAAUAUUCGCAGAACUGGAGAGGUGGCAAAACUAUUUGCCGAUGCUGGUCUAAUAUGUGUCGCCAGUCUGAUUUCUCCCUAUAGAAGAGAUCGGGACGUUUGCCGUGCCAUGUUGUCUGAUGCCAAUUUUAUUGAGGUAUUCAUGAACAUGCCUCUGGAAUUGUGUGAGGCACGAGAUCCGAAAGGCCUCUAUAAGCUUGCUCGUGCUGGAAAGAUCAAAGGUUUUACUGGCAUUGAUGAUCCUUAUGAACCACCGUUAAACUGUGAGAUAGAAAUAAAGCAGGAAGGUGGAGUUUGUCCAACACCCAAUGUGAUGGCUGGCCAAGUAGCUUGUUACUUGGAGGAAAAAGGAUUUCUUGAAUGUUAGGAAAUUGGUAGUUAUAUCUAUUGGCUGAUAAUUUGUAAUGUCAGUAUGCUCUAAUUAUAAUGUUUUUCUUAUUGAAGUUGAAAUCCUAGGAAGUGCUGCGGCGGGUAUGACACGGUGCCACGGUGGUGAGGGGAUAAGGGGACUUGUAAAAUUCAUCAACUAUACAUAAUAUUUAAUUGGAUAAAUAUUUUCUUUUCAAAUUUCAUUCUAUAGGGUGUGGAUUUCUUCGA